AUGGCAUCAUCGAUAAAGGAAUUUGAGAAACAGGUUUUCCUAGCCGAAAGAAUCCUAUUAAUUUCCAUCGCCAUAUUAACCGUUCUUGGAAAUACUUUGGUUUUGAUUUUGACCUGGAGAGAAAAAUGUCUUCAUGAACCAAGCAAGUAUUUCGUUGCCUUUUUGGCUGCCGCUGAUCUUUUGGUUGGCAUCUUUGUCGCACCGCUGAGUUAUUAUGCCGUUCUUCUUUAUGAUCAGCCAGCAUCAGUACUCCUGUCUGUUCAUCUUUGUCGUUUUAUGACGUGGAUAGACACCUUUGCAUUAACGACAUCUAUUUACACCCUGACAGUCAUAAGUUUCGAUAGAUAUCUCAAAAUCAGCAAGCCAUUUCGGUACAAAACACUAAUGACAACUUCCACAACAAAAAAGUUACUUUUCAUCAUCGUUUUCGUCUCAGCCGUCAUCGCUACUUACAGCGCUACACCAUGUUCAGGAAGCCAUGGGCUUUUGGCAACCGGCAGCGGUGUUUGUUCGAGCAGCGAUGAAGGAGAAGUUUUCGAGACAUUUUUGUCAAUUAGUGCAUUUUUUUUACCUGAUACAAUAAUUCUGGUUAUGUAUGGUCUUAUAUUUAUUGUAGCUCACAGGCGAAACAAAAAGCUCGUGAAUGGCGGAUUGAGCCAAACAAUGAUCAACCAGAAAAAACGAACAACUUUACGACGAGAUUUGAAAGUUAUAAGAAUGCUCCUUAUUGUUGCUGGGGUAUUUAUUUUGUGUUGGGGUCCCUGGAUUGCUUGGACAAGGCUGUGGUAUUACUAUUACGACUUUAUUAACUGGGAGAGCGAUUCGGAAAGCUACUGGCGCCGUGUCGACAUCCUUUCUCUUGUGGUCACAACACUGCCACUAUUUAACAGUUUAUGCAAUCCAAUUAUUUACGCUUGUUUGGACCAAAAAUACACAGAAGCUUUCAAACGUUUGGUUAAGAAAAUAACAUUUCGGAAAAAAUCGUUUGGAAGACAACCCCAACCAAUACAGUUAGUUCCACUGAAAAACAGACUGCAUAACUGA